AUGGAGAUUUACAACUUUUGGAGGCCAUUCACCUGCCCUGAGUGUGGGAAAGAAUUCAGUGAUUCAUCCACCUUGCAGAAGCACCAGCGAGUUCACACGGGGGAGAGGUUGUUCACCUGCUCCAUAUGUGGAAUGGGAUUCACUCAGUCAUCUCACCUGCUGAGACACCAGCGAGUUCACACCGGGGAGAGGCCAUUCACCUGCUCUGACUGUGGGAAGGAAUUCACUCAAGUAUCCAAUCUGCUGAGACACCAGCGAGUUCACACCAGAGAGAAGCCUUUCACCUGCUCAGAGUGUGGGAAGGGAUUCGGUGAUUCAUCCAGCCUGCAGACACACCGGCGAGUUCACAGCAGGGAGAGGCCUUUCAUCUGCUCUGACUGUGGGAAGGGAUUCACUCAGGUAUCCAACUUGCUGAGACACCAGCGAGUUCACAACCUGGAAGAGACACAAGGCACCAUGGAGAAACCGUGGAAAUGUGGGGACUGUGGGAAAGGAUUCAGUUUCCCAUCCCAGCUGGAAACACAUCACCGCAUUCACACUGGGGAAAGGCCGUUCACCUGUUCUCAGUGUGGGAAGGGAUUCACUCAGUUAUCUACUUUGCAGGAACACCAACGGAUUCACACUGGGGAGAGGCCUUUCACCUGCUUUGAGUGUGGAAAGGGAUUCACUCAUUCAUCCGCCCUGCGGCGACACCAGCGAGUUCACACUGGGGAGAGGCCAUAUACCUGUUCUGAGUGUGGGAAGGGAUUCACUCAUUCAUCUGCCCUGCAGAAGCACCAGCGAGUUCACACCAGGGAGAGGCUGUUCACCUGCUCUGAGUGUGGGAAGGGAUUCAGUCGUUCAUUUGCCCUGCGCAAGCACCAGCAAGUUCACACUGGGGAGAGACCAUUCACCUGCUCUGACUGUGGGAAGGGAUUCACUCGGUCAUCUCACCUGCUGACACACCAGCGAGUUCACACUGGGGAGAGACCAUUCACCUGCUCUGUAUGUGGGAAGGGAUUCAGUGAAUCAUCCACCCUGCAGAAUCACCAGGCAGUUCACACCGGAGAGAGGCAAUUCAUCUGCCCUGUGUGUGGAAAGGGAUUCACUCAGUUAUCAAGCCUGUUGCGACACCAGCAAGCUCACACUGGGGAGAGACCAUUCACCUGCUCCGAGUGUGGGAAGGGUUUCAUUCAGUCAACCAGUCUGCUGACACACCAGCGAGUUCACACUGGAGAGAGGCCAUUCACCUGCAGUGAGUGUGGGAAGGGAUUCACUGAUUCAUCGAGCCUGUGGAAGCACCGGCGAGUUCACACUGGAGAGAGGCCAUUCAUCUGCUCCGUGUGUGGACAGGGUUUCACUGAGUUGUCCAGCCUGCGGACACACCGACGUGUUCACUCUGGUGAGAGACCAUUCACCUGCACUGAGUGUGGGAAGGAUUUCACUGAUUCAUCCAGCUUGGAGAAACACCGUCGAGUUCACACCGGGGAGAGAUGCCCUUCACCUACUCUGAGUGUUGGUGGGGAUUCAUUGAUUUGUUGA